AUGCCCCCCCCCAACCCCCACUCCAGGGAGCAGGCAUACCUCACAGCCCUCCAGUCACAGCUAAAAGACGUCAACCCCGAUACCAUCUACGAGAAACUAGAGAUUGCCGGCAAAGGCGCCUAUGGUGCAGUCUACAAGGGCAGACACGUCGCAUCAGGACAUGUUGUCGCACUCAAGAUCAUCAAUCUCGAUACCGAAGACGACGAGGUGGAUGAUAUCCAGAAGGAGAUCUCGCUGCUACAGCAGCUGAUGCUGGGAAGUGCGAGCGCAGGUGGUGCACCGCAGAAUGUGACCAAGUACUAUGGGAGCAUGAUGGAGGGGCCCAGGGUAUGGAUCGUCAUGGAGUAUGCAGAGGGAGGGAGUAUAAGAACCCUGUCUCGAGCGCAACCUCUCAAAGAGCUUCACAUCUGCCUCAUCAUACGAGAAGUUCUGAUUGCCCUCGCCUUUCUUCACAAAAACGGUGUCAUUCAUCGCGACAUCAAGGCCGCCAACAUCCUUCUCACCACCCAGCCCCUCCGAAUCCUCUUGUGUGACUUUGGUGUCGCUGCCCUCUUACAGUCAAACACUUCAAAAAGAUCAACAUUUGUCGGAACACCAUACUGGAUGGCACCCGAAGUAGUGACGGAGGGCAAAAUGUACGACAGCAAAGCAGAUAUCUGGUCUCUGGGUAUCACGCUCUUGGAAAUGGCAUACGGUGAACCGCCAAUGUCGGGCCAACCAGCUGCUCGGGCAGUGAUGCUGCUGGGCGAUAAACGUAUGCGUGCUCCUCGACUAGAGGGUGACCAUUGGUCCAAAGAGAUGCGCGACUUUGUCGUCGGGUGUUUGAAUGAAGAUGCCGCAGACCGUCUCUCUGCCGAAGAGCUCUCGAAAUCUAGAUGGAUCAAACAGCAAGUCAAGACGCCGUUGACACAGCUCAACGAUCUGAUAGCGAGGUUCCAGGCAUGGAAGGAUUCAGGCGGGCAGAGGAUGAGUCUGGCGGCGGGCGUGGGGGCGAGCAUAGAUGACGAUGAGUAUGAUGAGAUGCCGAAUGGAGAUUGGGCCUUUGAUACGGUUCGGUCGCGAGCGAGCAUGAUGCUGCUCGACCAAAAAGCGCAGGCAGGAGAGGUCGAUAAAUCUCUAUUGCCUCCAACAGCACGCCCAGCCCCCCACUCUUUGCGCCGCCUUUUUCACGACGAAACGUCCUCGGACCCAGACCCUUUCCAAUCAUUCGCUCACCAACAACCACCGACUCCGCAAUCAUCAGAAGACAACGGGACCGUAAAACAAACUGGCCGAUUUGCUUCCCCCGAAGCUGAUGACCCUAGCUCUCGCGAAGGGUCGCCGCCCAAGAACGAGUUUGAUGGACAGACGAUUCGGCAGGCGAGACUAGGCCGGGAUGGGAGAUCGCCUACUCCGCUCAUGAUCAAGACGGACCAAGUUCCGUCUAUCAACCUUCCUCUCCCCUCUGCCGACUCAAAUGCUACUAGUGCAACUUAUCAUCCUGAUGAGCUGGAGCCUACGCCGAUAGCAUCUCGAGGUGACGGUCCGGUGCCAUCUCCUCGACCGAUACGUAAUAAAAUGAGCCUGGACAAUCUCCCCUCUGCAGCUUCCUUCAACUCUCAGCCGCCUACGAGCAAGAGUUCCAUGCAGCUUGGACUGGAAGAUCGGUCCAAGAGUAGCUUGGGUAUGAGUCGUCCGGGUGGGGGUGAACCCCGAGAUGGUCUGAGAGGAUUUCAGUUCCCCCUGAUGGGUCAAUCUGGCCCACCGCCCGCAGGAGUGUCCAAACUCCAACCACCCCACCUCGGGCGAAAUCACUCUGCCGCACCUGCUUUCCCUUCUGCCCUUCAUGGCGACACCUCUCAAAGCACCCUGCCCUCUGCCUCGCCCACGGCUCCUUCCUUCCCUGGAUUGAGCCCAAGGCCACCUAUGAUGCGCCAGGCUUCCGUGGCUGUCAUGGAGAAUCGUUCGGCCGCCCAGUCUCAUGCCCAGGCAGCGCAAGCGCAAGCUCUGGCGCUAGCACAUGGACACGAAGGAGGGGCGGGCCCUCACAAAGGGCUGGCAGUUCCCGGGGGAAUGGCAGGGAUAGGCUUGGGGAGACCUGGGCAACAAGGAACCAGUCAAGGCAUGGCGAGGACUAGGAGUGGGAGCAGAGCUGACGAUGGGCCCAACGUUGGUCUUCGCGAUCUACUCAAGCUCACACCCGCUGCACCUGGCAUGCAAGACCUUCUUCCUCCCUCACCAUCAGUCUCCACAACACCUCACAAACUUUCCCCUCGUCCACAACAGACGCACAACCAACCAGGAUCAAUACCGGCUUAUCCCGCUUUCCCUGGGGCGGUCUCCAGUGCGUCUUUGCCGAUGAGUAAGACGCCGAGUCUGGCGUCGCUGGCUAGCACUGUGCCCGCUUCUGCACCUGCACCGAAAUUGGGACCAGUGUCGACUUCCACUGGACUUCAGAACGAUUGGGGACCGAUACCCGAUGUCCGGUUAGGUCCACCUAUACGUCCUUUGGAUCUGGGUCACUUGGAUUCGCAAGAUGUAUUUACAGAGCUGGAGAGUUUGGUGGAUGAUAUGCAGAGCUGGCUUGGGUGCGUGGAGAAUGGCUUGGAGGAUUUGCUGCGGUUGCCUGAAUCCACGAAUGCUUGA